UUGCAUUACUACUAGGGCAGCCAAGCUGUACGGAUCAGCUGAUCUGUUGCAAUGGACCAGAGUGAUAAAAAUGAUAGUGCUUCGCCGCAAGUGACUACCUCUAAACCGAAGUUUGAUAAAGUUGACAAAUGGGGAUACGCAAUCUGCUUCGGAACUAUCAUCACAUUCAUUGCAAGUAUUGGUCACGUGAAUUCCUUCGGUCUGAUAUACAAUGACUUUAUGUUGGAAACGCAUGCUUCGGCCAAGUCCCUGACGUCAGCGCAUGGAGUCUUCGCGUUGAUGUUGGCUGUUGGAGGCAUAAUCCUCAAUUUGCUAACAAAAAAGAUAACACUAAGAACUGGGGGUCUGAUUGGAUCUAUAAUAUUCGUAGCGGGUUCCGUAGCCACCAUACCAAUAUCUACCACCAACCAACUCCCUCUCACCUUCGGAGUCCUCCAGGGUAUCGGAUUCGGCAUGAUGGUACCAGUCAGCUACUCCACACUCAAUUACUACUUUGUCAAAAAGAGGACAGCAGUUAUGAGCGUGUGUAAAGCCGUGCAAGGAAUCGUGCUCAUGUUCUACCCGCAAAUGUUGAAACAUAUGAUGUCGUACUACGGAUUGAGGGGGACACUGCUAUUGCUGAGCGGGAUAUCUUUGCACACUGUUCCGGGAAUGCUAGUGAUGAGAACUGCGGAGCAACAGAAAACCGCAAGUACAGCGUAUGAGGGAAAUUUUAGUUCUGCUACCGACCGCCAGGGGAGCUGUUUAUAUUUUCAUACAAAAUUACUCGAUGAACUCUACUUCAAGUUAACGAUGAAAAUUCAUGCUAUGGGGUCAGACUGUAAUGGUAAAAAUAAUUAUUUCAGGUUGGAAAUAUUGAAGACAUUAAACGUGAGAGUGUUGCGAGACGUGGUGUUCUGCAAUAUCUGUGUCGGACUAAGUUUUGUCAAUUUCUCUGAUCUGACUUUCUUCAUUCUUCAACCGAUGCUACUGUUCCAGUACGGAUAUAAUAAAGGUGAAGUGGCGUGGUGCAUCUCUAUAUGCGCAGGCGCCGAUGUGUGCGGGCGAUGCGCGCUGGCGGUCCUCAGUAGCCUGGUGCCCACCAACACCAGGCUGAUCUACUACGUGUCUACGUUCUGCACUCUUGUGCUUAGAAUUGCCCUUCUCCAAGCGCGCUCAUUCCCCUACGUAUCCUGCCUGACGGGCGCGCUGGGCGUGCUGCGAGCCUGGCUCCACGUCACCAGCCCGCUGGUGGUGGCCAGCCAGGUGAAGAGCCAGGAGUUCCCGGGCGCGUAUGCUGUGUACAUGCUGGCUGCAGGGCUGGUCAAUGUGGCGGGGUCGCCGGUUAUUGGUUUACUGAAAGACCUGAAUGGCGACUAUGUGCCUGCAUUCUACGGCCUGGCGCUGUGUUGCCUGCCGUGCCUGCUGCUCUGGCCACUUGAAUAUUUUCUUAAAAACAAAUAAAAUUAUCCAAAAAUCGCUAUUAAUUUAAUGGUAAAUUUAUUGUAAUUACUAACCUUAAAAGUAUUAAAACUAUGUUCAUUUGUAAUAGCUACUUAUAAAAAGUGCACACUGUAGCAAUUUUGAAAUAGAGCUAAUAUACCUGCUAGCUAUGUACAUAUACAAUCACACCUUGCCAAUCUUUCUUGCAGGUAAAUAUGGAAAAUAAUUCAGCAAAUCUGACAAAAGGCAAACUUUUAAAUUUCGUCCACGUCCUUUUCUUUGCUGUCAUCAAUUUUCUCUAUUUCCCGCGCAGGUACUGAACUCCUCGUGAAAUAUACGACCACUUUCUCAUUGUUGACUUCGUAAUAAAAGCUCGGAAAAUAUAAAACAAAAUGAUGAAAAAGUGUCGGUCUCAGAAUGAGAGGAAAUUAAUUUUCUCAAUCCUUCAAUAUAGCUUGGAACUUUAUCGAACAACGUAAAUAAUUGCUUCGUUUCUUAUACCCUUCGCUCACUGCUUAUUUAUAUGAGUAUUCCCUAAUUGAAAUCAUGAAUGAAGUUUAAUCUUCUAGUAGACAACGUUUAUUAUUGCAAAGAAUAUGAAAAAGCAAAAACCUUCGGAAUUUCAUAUUGUUAUCCGAUUCGGGAAAAAUACCGGGAAAAUAAAAUAUAUAGGUACUUACCUAUCAG